AUGGCAUCAGUUGAUGCUACAAUCGCUCCCCUCAUUGCCCAUGCUUCCAGUGCCAAAGAAGUUUGGGAUAUUCUCCAAACAACUUAUGCGAGUAAAUCUCACUCAAGAAUUUUCAGUUUGCGCGAUACUCUGGCGAAUGUCAAACGAGACGCAUGUUUAAUUAGUGAUUAUAUGAGAGAAAUUAAGUCCAUUGCAGAUGAUUUGGCCUACAGUGGUUCACCCGUUAACAGCGAAGAACUUAUCAUUAAGGUACUGAGUGGUCUAGGUCCUGAGUACAAGGAGUUAUCUACAACAAUAAUAGCUUGCGAUAAUCCUAUCACAUUCGAAGUACUCGUUGAUAAGCUCCUUGCACAAGAGAUGUUCAUCAAAGACUCAGAACCUAAGGUCGACACACCCAUGAUCACUGCUCAACUUCAUCAACAUUCCACCAAUAAUGGUCCCAAAAAUAGACAGCCUAACUCUUCCAAUAGUAGGAACACUACUCCAUCAGGUUCAUACAACUCUCGUAAUCAGUUUUCUACCCCGAAUAACAAUUCAUUCACCCAGCAGAAUACAACCAAAAGCAACAAUUAG